GGCAACUAAAACAUGCUAUAAACCAACUCCAGUACACUCAAGGGACACAACACCUCUGUUUCAGUACUCGAGCGUAAACACCGAUAUUUCCUCGCCAUGCCAGUCGUCGUUCGCGACACACUCUCCCUUCGGCCCCAAGGCUUUUACGGCUAUGCCUUCCUCACAGCGCGCGUGGCCCAGACCGUUGUCCUCGUCGUCAUCACAGGUUUGGCGGGCCAAUUGAUCGCCAACACAGCCCGUGACCGUCAAGCAUCAUCAGGCAGCCUUGUCGUCAUCGUGGUCUUUACCAGCGCAUCCUUGGUCUGGGCCCUCUUCUCCUGGACCGGUUACAGCAGGCGGUACCUCCCCUACGUGGGGACAUUGUCCAUUGAUCUGCUUCUCCUGAUCCCCUUGGUGGUCAUCAGCACCAUCCUAGGUCUUCCGUUGGCAGACGCAAACUGUGCAGAUGUGGCGCCAAACGGUAGACUUGAGGUCACCGUGCCGCCCGGCAAAUCCGUCGGACGGAUUGUCUUUUUGAGCGAUGGGAGAGCGGCGUGCUUCAGGCUGUUUACAGUCUGGGGGUUGUUGAUUGCCGCGUGUGCUUUAUUUGCGCUCAGCGCGUUGUCGGUGGCGUUCCUGCAGCUGGGGGAGCGGCAGCUGAGGAAGGCGGUCUUUGCCGUGAGAGAAGAACCGGCUCGUGGAGAUCGGAGGUUAUAUGGCCAAAGAAUGAGCGAAUCCAGUGGGCGGUUUGCAUCGACGCUGACGCCAGAUUCCGGGAGCGGAAGGCUAGGUGUGGCCGACUUCACUCGCUCAGCAACACCUUCGAGACCCAGCAUUGCUGAGGACCGCCUUAACCUCAACCGGCCCAUCACGAUCGCCCCGACGAGGUCAGGAAAUGGAGCGCUUGAAGGGAGCUUGGUUUAUGACAACCCACCUGGCCAACCGGCGGCGGCAAGGAUGCCGCCGCAGCGCCCGGACUAUGGGUUUUAG